CAACGUUGAACUCGCUGAACAAACUUGGGAAGUUUAAAUGUUUUAUUUAGUUUUCAGCCUUUCCAUAAAAACAGUUGGAAUAAUUUUUUGAACGGUAUUUUUCUGUUUGUCUACUUAUAUAUUUUUAAUUCCGAGCGCCUGCCGAAGGUGGCAGGUGGAUUUAAUUAGACGUUAAUUAAGCUGCUUCCGGAUUUCGGUAUCUGUGGGUUACACUCCUGCACUCGGCGAGAAGCUCGGCUAUUGGGGAGGAACUCUGAGUAGAGUGGCUGCUUCUUCAAAUCGAAAGGAGCCAGCUGCUGUGGUUCGGGCAUCUGAUAUGGAGGAGUCCAGUGACCAUGACCUGUACUCCGUGUAUGAGUCAAACAGCUACUCCUGGGUGGAUCACCAACAGCAGGGUCUGGACGAUGUGGAUAAUGUGGAGUGUCUCAGAAGGAAGAUCAAAUAUUACUUCAUGAACCCCUGUGAAAAGUACCACGCACGUGGCCGUAAACCCUGGAAGCUCAUGCUGCAGAUCAUCAAAAUUGCCAUCAUCACCGUUCAGUUGGUGAGUUUUGGGCUGAGCAACCAGAGGGUUGUCACUUUCAAGGAAGAAAAUCUGCUGACGUUUAAGCAUCUCUUUCUGAAGAAUUACAUUGAUGGGAGUAUGGACACGUAUGCCGUGUACAGACAGGCAGAUGUUUACGAUCACAUCGACUACAUUAUUAAAGAGUACGGACUUCUGCGUAACAUCACAAUAGGGAAUCACGCAUAUGAUAAAGACGAUGGCCUGUACACCCCGCUGUUGAUGUGUCAAGAGUACUUCAGGAGCGGUACCAUCUAUCCCGGAAAUGACACCUUUGAAAUUGAUGCCCAGGUGGAAAGGGAAUGCUUUACAAUGUAUCCGACAGAUCGGCAGCCUUUGAGAGACGUACUCCCUCAUUUGGAGCUGCCCUUUCAAAGACUACUUUCUGUCACCAUCACAUUUGUCCUCAAAGCCAUAAAUUUGCAGACUGUCCGGCAUCGAGAGUUACCGGACUGCUACGACUUCAAUGUCAUCAUCACCUUCAACAAUGAGGCACACAGCGGCAGGAUGAAGAUUGACCUGGAAAAUGAUGUGGAGAUCAAUGAAUGCAGAGACUGGAAAGUAACAGGAGCAUCUGCUAGAAGCAUAUAUCUGACGGUGCUGUUCGACUGCCUGAUCAUUGUAACGUGCAUCGCCUCGUUCACAUUGUGCACGCGCUCUGUGUUCACCGGGAUCCAACUGCAGUUUGAGUACACACUCCACUGCAGAAAUGACGGUAAGGAAGUGCCGUGGUCGGACAAGCUGGAAUUUGUCAACGGCUGGUACAUCGUGAUCAUUAUCAGUGACACUUUGACCAUCAUUGGUUCUAUUCUCAAAAUAGAGAUUCAAACUAAGGUCCUCACGAGCUAUGAUGUGUGUAGUAUUUUCCUUGGAACAGGCACCAUGCUGGUCUGGAUUGGUGUCAUUCGCUACAUGGGCUACUUCAGGAAGUAUAAUAUUCUCAUUCUGACACUCAGGGCGGCAUUACCCAAUGUAAUCCGUUUCAUCUGCUGUGCUGGAAUAAUCUACCUAAGCUACUGUUUUUGUGGCUGGAUCGUUCUCGGCCCGUACCACGAGAAGUUCCGGACGUUGAACACUGUGUCAGAGUGCCUGUUCUCCCUGAUCAAUGGAGACGACAUGUUCCCCACCUUCAAGAACAUGAAGAAGAAGAACAUGCUGGUGUGGCUCUUCAGCAGAGUCUACCUUUACACUUUCGUCUCGCUCUUCAUCUACAUGAUCCUCAGCCUUUUCAUCACCAUCAUCACCGACACCUACGACACCAUCAAGCAUCAGCAGGAGAGUGGAAACACAACGACAGAGCUGCAACGCUUCCUGUCACAGUGUAAAGACCUUCCAAACUCAGGGGUGUUCAGACUCCAGGAGAACAAAAGUUGCUUCUGGAAGUGCUGCUUUGACAGGUUCAAGAAGACACGAGAGAGGCUGGUGUCUGAGGCCUAGCACCUUUGUUGCAGAGGUACUACAGUAAAUGAGUUCUGACGCUUUAUGCACUUUAUGCUGCUGCACUUUGGGGAAUAUUUGUAAUCUUACACACAAAUGUCCUUUUGGUUUGUUUGCAAAUAUUUGUCAAGAAAUUUUGUGAUUCUGCUUUCUUAUUUGUGCUGGAAAAAAAAACACACCUGCUUGUGUUUGUCAAACUUGUUUAAUGGUGAGAGCAGGUUUGAUCUGAAUGAUGCACUGUGAAGGAACAGUGUACAAAAAAAGCUAAACACUUGAAAAUGUACUUUCCAAGUCAUAGCACUUGAGCUAAUCUUCAUGUUGUACAGUGAACAUACAGAAUUGAGGCUAAAUAAAGUUGGAUGGAAAAUAAA